AUGUAUCUUCGAGUAGGAAAUAAUUUCUUUUGUGCUAUCACACCACCUCCCCAACAAGCCCCAUAUCUCGCAAGGAAACUUGCAAAGGCUGAUCGAUAUACCACCAAUAAGUGGUGGGUCGAAAGUUAUAUUGAACAGACCGACCAAGAUCUAGCGCACGCCUUCAGAUCCAAGAAGCGGUUUGAACUAGCAGGCCAGGAGUUACCCGAACUUAUCACAAAAUCUUCACAGUUUAGACAAUGGCUAGUCAACCCAGUAUCUAGAGAGCUUCUCAUCCAUGGGAAUGGAUCGUCUGAGCCGACAUCUCCUCUCACUUUUUUCUGCUCACUGUUAAUCAAGAAUCUGAUCAGUAAGGGCCGCCUCCAUACCUUCGAUUUGGAAUUCCCAAGUCUUGAUAACAUCAAGCAGAUUAAGGCAAACAAUCUUGACGCGCUCCGGUGGCUUUUCAAGACUCUCGUGCAGCAUUUGAAUAGAGAAGUAACCUUGUUUGUUAUCAUUGAUGGCAUUGAUUUAUACUGCGAUCAUCGUGACCUUCAUUUCAAAGAUAUGGAAUCGUUGGUGGAUUAUUGUUUAGAGCUUCGAGAGGCGACCGGUUUGCGAGCGACCUUUAAGCUACUCAUAUCUUGCUCUUCAAGUACGGAACUUAGUAAGUAUAUAAAGGAUGAUUGCUUUUCGAAUUUGACUCCAGGGGAAAGAACAGGUAUCGAAUUCAGCUCAUCGCGAUUUGAAAGAGAAUUUGGCAAUGAAUUUUCAGAAAGGUAUCAUUGA